UUCUGCAGAGAGGCUGUGUUUUGGAAACAACUUGCUCAUCCAAAUAUUGUUCCUUUCCUCGGUGUUUCUCAGUCACACAAUUUGUGUAUAGUUUCGGAAUGGAUGGCGUUUGGAGAUGUGAUAACCUAUCUCCAGAAAUUCCCGCGAGCGAAUCGUAGGCAACUGGUUACAGAUGUUGCUUGCGGAUUGGAAUACAUGCAUGCAAGCGCGAUGAUACACGGAGAUAUAAAAGGGCGCAACAUCCUUGUGGACGGGAGCAGACGUGCGCGUCUGGGCGACUUUGGUUUGGCGAGAACCGUCCUUGGACCCAAAUCCUUUACGCCAUCUAUUUCGAGGAGCGGGGGGACGAUGCGAUACAUGGCUCCUGAGCUUGCAGAGAAUAGCAAUCCAGGUCAGCCGACGAGGGAGACGGACGUAUACGCAUUUGCUAUGGCCUCGUGGGAGAUAUUCUGCGGAGAGCAAAUUUUUCCUCACUUGCCAGAAUGGACAGUAUUCGCAAGAGUUUUGUCAGGCGAGCGGCCGCUACGUCCA